CAAUGGGAAGCAAUUUGCAGGAGAAAAGUCGUACGUUCACAACUUGCAAGGAGACUCAUCAGAAAAUUGGCAUCUUUGAAAAUAAUAGUAGUAAUUACGUAUACAUGUUAUUUACUUAUUUUAUUGUUUUUGUUAUUUAAGCACUACAUUUAGAUAUGCAAUUACUUUAUUAAGAUGCAUAUAUACUCACAUUAGCAUAUAAAAAUCAUUAUUCAUAAACCGUACUAUUUUAUAUACGUUUGCCGGUAUGCGUUUCCUUAGAAAAGUAGUUAUAGAGAUAUAGAAUGCUCAUCAGACAUCAAUAUAUAAAUAAUUAUAAUAAAUUAAAGAAGGAGACCAUUAUUAGACGAUAGUACUGUUCUUAGACUAUACUUGUGUUUUUUUAGAUUAAAAUUCCCUGGAGGGAUAUAGUAAUUUGAGUGUACCAAACAUGUCAUGACAUAUACAUAUAGUCAUAGAUGACCACAAGCGUAUAUUGGGUUAUUACUUAUUAGCAUAUACCCUUGAGCACCAACAAAUAACUUUGAAAAUAAAUAUUUAAAAUUUCAAGUAUUCUCUGUUUUGCAAUUGGCUAAGAUCUUCAUCAUUCGCACGUCUAUUUAAAUCCUCACAAAGACCCAAACAUAAAUCACAACCUAUAAACGGAAAAAAUCACAUAUAGAAAAAAAAAAAAAAAAAAGGAACAUUUAUCCUAUCCAUAAUGUUAUCUCUCAAUAUGAGAACCGAAAUAGAAAAUUUGUGGGUAUUUGCUCUUGCAUCAAAAUUCAAUAUUUUCAUGCAAGAACAUUUUGCUUCCCUUCUUCUCGCCAUAGCUAUCACUUGGUGUACCUUAACCAUCGUAUUUUGGUCUACUCCGGGUGGACCGGCUUGGGGAAAAUACUUCUUCACUCGCCGGUUUAGUUCUCUCGGUCAUAACCGAAAAUCCAAGAAUCUCAUUCCCGGUCCUCGAGGGUUUCCACUUGUGGGAAGCAUGAGCCUUAGGUCAAGCCACGUGGCUCAUCAGCGCAUAGCGUCAGUGGCUGAGAUGAGUAACGCCAAGCGGCUCAUGGCGUUUAGCCUCGGCGAUACUAAGGUGGUGGUGACGUGUCAUCCUGACGUGGCGAAAGAAAUACUAAAUAGUUCGGUUUUUGCAGACCGGCCGGUUGACGAAACCGCUUACGGUUUGAUGUUUAACCGAGCCAUGGGAUUUGCUCCCAAUGGUACUUACUGGCGUACACUGCGUCGGUUAAGCUCGAACCAUCUUUUCAACCCAAAGCAAAUCAAACGCUCGGAGGAGCAGAGAAGAGUGAUCGCGACUCAGAUGGUGAAUGCGUUUGCACGUAAUGCUAAAUCUGCGUUUGCAGUGCGUGAUUUGCUCAAAACAGCGUCGUUGUGUAACAUGAUGGGGUUGGUUUUUGGGAGAGAGUAUGAAUUGGAGUCAAAUAACAACGUGGAAUCGGAAUGCUUAAAGGGUUUGGUUGAAGAAGGGUACGAUCUUCUCGGUACGUUAAACUGGACCGACCAUCUCCCUUGGUUAGCCGGUUUAGAUUUCCAACAAAUCCGGUUUAGGUGCUCCCAGCUCGUACCGAAAGUAAAUCUGUUACUGAGCCGUAUCAUUCAUGAACACUAUGCCACCGGUAACUUUCUUGACGUGCUACUUUCACUUCAACGUUCAGAAAAAUUAUCAGAUUCAGACAUAGUUGCUGUUCUUUGGGAAAUGAUAUUUAGGGGAACGGACACUGUUGCGGUUUUGAUCGAGUGGGUCCUAGCGAGGAUUGCGUUGCAUCCCAAAGUUCAAUCAACGGUCCACGAUGAGCUUGACCGAGUCGUUGGCAGAUCAAGAACCGUCGAUGAGUCAGACCUCCCAUCCCUCACGUAUCUAACGGCUAUGAUCAAAGAAGUGUUGAGGCUGCAUCCACCAGGCCCACUUCUUUCUUGGGCACGCCUCUCUAUAACAGACACCACCGUAGACGGAUAUCACGUGCCGGCUGGGACCACCGCGAUGGUCAAUAUGUGGGCUAUAGCACGUGACCCGCACGUGUGGGAGGAUCCUUUAGAGUUUAAGCCUGAGAGGUUCGUGGCUAAAGAUGGUGAAGCCGAGUUCUCUGUUUUCGGGUCGGAUCUGAGGUUGGCGCCGUUCGGGUCGGGUAAGAGGGUUUGCCCUGGAAAGAAUUUGGGGCUUACGACGGUGUCGUUUUGGGUUGCAACGCUCUUGCAUGAGUUUGAGUGGCUUCCAAGCGUCGAAGCUAACCCUCCAGAUCUCUCGGAGGUUUUGAGGCUCUCGUGCGAGAUGGCGUGUCCUCUUAUCGUUAACGUAAGCCCAAGGCGUAAGAGCGUGUAAUGGAUUUGGACUUUGGUCAGUGCAUGGAUGUUUCAAAUAUGAAUUGUUGAAAUGACGUUUAUUAAAUAAAUCUUGAAGGAAAGAAAAGAAGAAGCAAACAUGUAUCCUAGCGAAGUAGAUUCGCCCACCUUUUAUUGAUUAGAUUAUAUGAAUGUAUAUGUCUUAUGUGAAAUAAAUAUAUCGUAUGUUACGUGAAUUUAGGAUUUAUGAGUA